GACUGGCAGCAGCAGCAGCAGGUGCAGAUUGGCUUGCGUCUGCAGGAGAUUGAGCGGUCUGCAGUGGAGGAGGUUCAGCUGCACCUUGAGGAUCUCCCUGGGUCAGAGCUGACCAGUGACCACAGUGGCGGUGGAGAGCAGCAAGUUUCUGGUCCUGCUGCAGAGGAGGGGUUGGAGGAUGAGUCGGCACGUGUGGACUCACCAUCUCAGCCCGAGCCUGCUGCAACCGCCAAGGUCACCAAGAGGAGUGUGCAGAGAGGAGCUUCACCACAUGGGCAGCAGAUUGCAACCCGCGAGAAGAGAGUGGCAGCAGCACCCUCAAGGCUGAAGUAUAGCCGUUUGGGAUGA